AUCAUCGAACAAUUGCGCUCAAAGCCCGAGUUAUAAAAAGGGGACAACCUGGCUCGCGUUCCCAUAUCGCUUUAACCAACCGGAUACCAGCAGCAGUACCAAUACAUUUACACACACUCAACUCGCAACCGCAAAUAAAUCAUGCCCCUUAUCGUGAGAGUCAUCUCGGUCGCUGGUGUCAAGGACGAGGACGACCUCGGUAAAAAUGAUCUCUAUGUCCGUUUGUCGACGGAUGGCAGCCACUGGGUGCAGACUACAACCAAGAAAGGAGCUGGCAAACAGGCCGUUUUUGAUGAGACAUUCACCUUUGAUGUGCAACCUGAUCCUAGUUCCAAGCUCUAUGUUGAGGUUUAUGACAAGGAUCCGUUGAAGGAUGACAAGUUGGGUGAAGCAAAGUAUGAACUUUCCAACGCAUUUUCUGGUCAAGAAGUCGAUGGAGUCGUCGAGCUUCACCAUCACCUGCAUCGUCACCGGGGCGUAGUCAACCUCCGUAUCUCUUACCGUUGAUGUGAUGGCACAGUUUGAGAUUGCAUUGUACUUGCGUGUAUAUACAGGGUCUUUGUCGUUGCGAAAGCAGAAGAUGUAAUUACCACUCGCGCCGUUAAAUAUAUCACGUAAGGAUACCAAUACGA